GGCGUAUUUGUUAUGGUUGUUGGAGAGGAAGUCAAAGUGUCAAGAAUUAUCUCCUAUUAAUUCCUCAACAUUCCUCUAUUAAACCAUUAUGGAGUCGCCAGACAUACAGGCCAAGUAUCAGAAACUGGCGGCGGAAUACUCUAAGUUACGAGCCCAAAACCAAGUGUUGAAGAAAGCAGUGGUUGAUGAACAAGGGAAGACAGCACAGUUAAAUGAUUUCGUGAAGUCUCGGGACCAGUUGCUGAGAAAGGCCGACCAAGAGAAUGAUUCCCUCAGCUUCAGGAACCAACAGUUGACUAAGAGGUUGACCCUUCUACAGGAAGACCUUGAUGAGAUACAGACUAAAUCCAAAAGAGGACGAGGGAAGGGAGAAAGUGUUGUAGAUGGGGCGGCAGUAGACAACACAGUGUUUACCGAGGAGCUUCAGUUGAAGAUUCAGGAAAAUGCCAGAUUACAGUCGGAACUCUCGGAAAUUGAGACGACGUACCGAAGACGUUACUCAGAGCUGGAGACUCAGUUAGACACUGCCAAGAGAGAGACACAGAAACAGAAGGAGCUGUUUGAACUGAGGGAGAAAUCUGCCCAGGGCGCGGUAGAGCAGCUGGAGACUGAGAGAGUGAGGCAGGAGGUGGUGGCCCAGCAGCGAGAGGCAGAACUGAGGGCGUUGAAGGAACAGGUCAGCAGACUCGAGAGCCUCAACAAAGCCGCCGUCACCAACUGCCAACCGCCUCAGACGCAAGAACAGGGUGACAAGUCCGACCCUCACCGUGCUUUUGGUAAAAAGGUGGUAUCGAGGAGCCUCAACAUUCCGGUACAAAACGGCCGAGACAGAGCUCCCAGCGUGACAGCCAGAAGUUUGGUCGACUCCUUUGAUAACCUCAUACAGGUCUUAUCCGAUACUUUUGCCAAAUUCCUCUGCAGUUACAGCACCCGAGUCAAGCUGUACGAUCAGUCUUCAGAGAUACAGUUAAAACUGAUACAACACUUAAGAUCAGCCGCCUUACCCUGGCAUCCCUUGGCAUCGUCCUAUCACCAUCUUGCGGACAGUGCCUCGGGGGAAGGUUUUGUGGCCCUGGAGACCCUGAGCGGACUCUCCCAAGUGAGUCGCCACGUCACGGCAUGUGGAGCCAGCCUGCGGAAGGUGCUGCCCCUGGUGGUUCUUUGGGUGUCGGAGGGCAGUAGGGGACAAGUUGACGGAGAUCGUGCUGGUGCGGCGUGGAGCGCAGCGUUCAGCAGGCUGGUGUCCUCCUGGGGCUCACUGGCCCCAUAUGUUGCCACUCUUGCUAGUCAGAGUACCCCCAACUCCAACCUGCCUCCAAGCGCUCAGGGUCGCGUCAUAUCCAUGCUAAGCGACCGCCUCGACAACCUCCAUGCUGCCCUUACAGAGGCCUCCAACAUAUACCAAAAGAAAGCUUUGAGCGAGAAGGUGCUGCCAUCUACAUCAGGGGAGGCCAAGGCUGCCAACGAGGAGAUUGUCAACGUCCUUACUGCUCUCUCUGUCACCACAAGCAAGAUGUCAACGCUAUUCAAGGAACAAGUCGUACCGUCGUGGAACAGAGGUGGAUCGACGCCCAGCACCCCCUCCUCACCGUACCCAAGCAUGCCUUACGGUCUCAACAAAUCUACGAGCAACUCUGCCUCCAUUGCUCAUGACGAGAGUAACAGAACCCUAUAUGACGGCACAUUAGCGAGCCCUUCAGAUACCUCGAACGUGGGGGACACCGAAGCCUCACUCACGAAACAACUGGCUCUUGCGUCAUCUAAACUGAGCCAGCUGGAAUCAGAGAGGGAACACUGGAGAUUGGAGCACCAACUGUUACAAUGUAAACACCAGAAGGAGGCAAAGCGGGUUCGCCAACUGGAGACUCAGCUGCAGGGAGACACAGUGGACAGUGAGGACAGCGAACAUCUACACUUCAAGGACCAUUCUGCCUCGAACGCCUCCACCGCGUCGAUAAUCGGUGAGGUGCAAGGAAUGGACGGCGCUUCAGACGAGAGAGAGAAAGACAUCAGGAACCACUUCACAAGCCGUUGCUCACACCUGUACAUGCAGCUUACCUCUACGACGAGUCAAGCUGCUCUCUAUCAGAAUGAGUGUGAGUCUCUGAUGAGGCGGCUCGUUGUGAGUGAGGAAAAUCGUGCCUCUUGUGACCAGGAAGUCGACAAGCAGAGAGAGAUCGUUAACCAGCUAAAAGAGACGCUACAGACGACCUCCAGAAAUUACGAAGAGCAGAUCUCCACCAUGUCAGAACACCUGGCCGACCUUAAUGAGAAAAUAACAGCGCAGACCGAGCUGAUUGAACACCUCAAAUAUGAAGCAAAGAACAAGAGAGGGAAGAAGUGAAUCAACAGGAGGAUGGAGAGGCUAUGUGACUGCAGAACUCCUCCAGGGACCACAGCUUGAUGGCUCUUAUACCUGUACUUGUGUUAUGAAGUGGAGCAACACCACAGUCUGAGAGGUGGAGAGGCUGUGACCUCCUCUACACUCCUGCUGUGACACCAGAAUGCAAGAGGUUCGGAGCUACUCUACACCCACUUGUGUCACCAGUAAGCAAGAGGCUCGGAACUCCCUGCUGUGUCACCGACAAGUAAGAGGUGUAACAAGCAUGCAAAGAGACAGUUGAUGUGAAAUAUGGGACCCUGGAAAGUCUCUCAAAGGGACAAACUUCAUAGUGGGAAAUUAAACCUCUUACAUUUAGCUUAAAGAGCACAUCACUGCAGUCGAAGAAGCUCAAGACAGAGUUAAAAAUGCAGCCAAGAUAUGUAUUAGUGACAUAUAUAACUGCUGGUGCUGGAGUCCCAUACCUGAGUACAAUACUGUAGCCACUAGUGAUACUCAGACUGGUAUAUUACUGUGCUACUUCAGUGAGUCGUCUUCACCUACAUUGUAAUCAUUUUCAUAAGCCUUUUGCACAGGUGUUAUGCCAUGUUUGGGAAGGAUUUUAUUUAUAAUUUUAUUUCAAAAAGUCAUAAUUUUCAGAAAUGCUUAAUAAUAAUAGUUCUAUAAAAAGGUUUGUAAAGUUUUAACUAUUUUGUGGUUAAUAUGAUGAUAACAGAGUGAGUCAGAUAAAAGUUUUCCCAAUCACUUUACACUUUCUAGUAUUGACUCAAACCUUGCACUCUCCUCCUCUGUGCUCAUCAUUAUUCGAACAACGCAAAGACAAAUAUUUACAUCACUUAAAAUGAAAAAAAAUUGCUUAAGUGACCUGAUCUCAAGUAAGGUUCACACACAUGGCUACAUCACAGCUUAAUUACUGCCCAAAAUACUCUUAAUUAUUAGUAUGGUCAUAGAAUGGGUUAAUAAGUCACUAAUGGGUUUACUACCCCCGAAAGGCUUCAUAUAUACUCACGGCCUCUUAAAUUAUCCAUUAACAAUUACCCAUCACCCUUCAAUACGUCAAAAGCGGAAAUUUGUCAUUUUGGUAACAGGAUCUCUCUGUAUUUUAUUUAUUUAUUUUUUUUUUCAAUUGUAGUUUGUUAGAUUAACAUACUGUACUGUACGUGUGUUGAUCUUUUAAAGCCACUGUUAUGUUCCUAACUCAAUCCCAACACUAUGUCCCAUUUUUUUAGAUCAGGUCACAUUAGGUCAUUCAUAUAUGAAGUGUAUUGGAAUAAGAAAAACUUUAAUUAUUUGGUUAAUUAUAAUUUAUCAUCACUCAAAAAACACAAACGGGUAAAUUGAAUCAAAAUCGAUGAGGUUUUACAAGAUGGCACAGGAGGCUCUAGGUUUGUCCUGGGUUUGAGUCCUGAGCUGGUUUCUUCCUCUACUGUACAGUACAAGUCCAAAAAUCCGGACUGCCUGGGGAUUGGGUCGGUCUGGAUUUUCUGAUUUUCUGGAUUCUCAGGCAGUACUUUUAAAAUUCAAAUUUAAGGAGGA